AUGGGCAUCCUCCCCGAAUCAGAGUGGGCGUCCUGGACAACGUUUUUUGAGGGCACCUUCUCCAGCUCCUGGUACAGCAAACACAAGACUGAGCUCUUGGGAGUUUUACUUGCUGCUGCCUCAAAUUUUCUGAUUAGCAUCUCUUUGAGUAUACAGAAAUGCGCUCAUCUCCGACUGGCUCGCCAAGCAGAGCUGAAGCCCUUCUACAGGAGCAAGCUGUGGUGGUGUGGAGCUGUCCUGCUGGGCCUUGGAGAGCUGGGCAAUUUCACAGCCUAUGGAUUUGCCCCCAUUGCCCUUGUUGCUCCACUAGGAUGUGUAUCUAUCAUAGGUAGUGCAUUUAUUUCUGUCUUAUUCCUAAAGAAGACCAUGAGGGCUGCAGAUAUACUGGGAGGGACUCUAGCAGUAGUAGGGACAUACCUGUUGGUGACAUUUGCUCCAAAUGUACCCCAGGAGCUCACAGCAAGACGAGUACAGAAUGACUUAGUGAGCUGGCCUUUCUUGGUAUACGUGAUUUUAGAAAUCAUAAUAUUCUGCAUUCUCCUUUAUUUUUACAAAAGAAAGGCUGUGAAGCACAUCGUGGUUUCGUUAAUGAUGGUGGCAAUGCUGGCUUCUCUGACUGUCAUUGCUGUGAAGGCUGUGGCCAGCAUGAUAAUGCUCUCUGCCAAAGGGAAAAUGCAGCUAACUUACCCUGUUUUCUAUAUCAUGCUCAUCUUAAUGGCAACUUCUUGUGUUUUCCAGGUCAAGUUCUUAAAUCAAGCAAUGCAUCUAUAUGAAGCAAGGGCAGUUGUGCCCAUUAACUUUGUGUUCUGCACCACGAGCGCCAUCAUUUCAGGGGUCAUAUUUUAUCAGGAAUUCCAAAGUGCAGCUUUCCUGAGCGUGUUCAUGUUUCUGUUCGGGUGUCUCCUAUCUUUCCUCAGUGUAUUUGUAAUUGCAGUAAAUAAAAAAGAGGAGCGUUUACAAGUUCCUUAUAUUGACUGUGGAUGUAUUCCUGGACAAAAAUUGACAGGCAAAAUACAACCAGAUUCUUACGGUUCAUGCUAUGGCACUUUGAAUAAUAAAGAUGACUCGGGGAAAAGUCAAAGCUGAAAGAAGAAGGCACCUUCCGUUCCACUUAACAAGAGGAAUGCCACAGGAACAAGAAUCCGCAACACCUUUUCAUUGGAUGUACUCAAGUAGACAUUGAAUUCCUGCACGUUGAUGAGUCAUAUGUUAUUUAAUCCUACUUAAUUUAUCCCCUGGCUGUCCCAAAUGUGUUUUGUAGAUAAAGAAAGCCUUAAGAAAAACUCAAUAACCAUUAAUGAAACAGAACGUUCUCGAAGUAUAAGUGCC